AUGGGAUUGUCCACAUUCACUGAAACUUCCAAUAAAGUGGGUAGCGAGGGAAGCGAGCGGAUCCCAGUCGGCCCGGGGUUCAGCUCCCACGGGCCGCCGCCCACCCAGCGCCGGGGCGAGGGAGGAAGCGCGCCGGACGGAGGGCACGGCGACCGGCGGAGGAGGAAAGCCAGCCUUUCCUCCCUGGGCCCGGCGCCGGCCGCGGCCGGGGAACCUGCAGAGGGCGGCUUCUCUCCUCUUUUCCUGUCCCACCCAUCGGCCGGCCCCCACCCCACCCCGCCGCCGGCCUCCCCGGGGCUCCGGCGCCGCGUCCCGGCGGGAGUGCGGCCCCGCGGCCCGCCCCCUCGGCUCCCAGGACGCGCGGAGCGGCGCCGGCCCCGCCGCGGCCCGUCCGACUGGAAAGGUGAGCACGCGGGGCGGGCGCGGCGGCGCCCACACUCCGCGCCGCACCCCGGCCCGGAGGAACCGAAACCGGAGCGGCCGAGCGCGGCCCCGGCCGAGGCCCGGAGCGCAGCGCGGCGCACGGGGAGCCGGUAA